AUGUGGGCUGAGCGUGAGGAGAGAGAGGCACAAGACGAGACGAUGCGGCUAGCGCAGGUUCACGAUCGCCGCCAGGUCAAGAAUCACCAGGGCGAAAUGUACGACCUGAUCAAUGAGGACGACCGCGUAUACGGCAUAAAUACGAUAGGGUACCCGACGAAAGAGAGGCCCGCGAGCUACCACAGGGAGGUAGACUCACACACGACCGAUGCGGAGAUAGAAGCGUGGUUUGAAGAAUGCCGCACUACAAUAGGCAAUGCCGCGGAAACCGAGGUCGAAAGAACAAGCGCUAAGAGGUUAAUCUACACCUGGCGUGACAUCUUCGGGGACGACUUGGGCAGUGUACCGGAAUGCCGAAUAGCUGUGCACUACAUCCCGACAUACCCUGGUUCAAUACCACACAAGGCGACUAACCCGCUCUACACGGCGGAGGAAAUGGCCUGGAUGCGGGAAAACCUGCCGAAGAUGUGCGAUUCGGGCAUACUGACGGUAUCGAAUUCGCAAUGGUCGAGCAAGCCCAAGUUUGUACGCCGGAAGAAUGGUAGUCUGAGGAUGGUCCAUGUCUUCUGUAGGCUGAACAAGGCGACUAUUAAGUUCAACACCCCGAUGAAAAGAAUUGAACCAAUAUUGCACAAUCUCAUGCAAAGUCGAUUCAAAUGCUACUGGCAGGCCGACGCGUCAGUAGGGUACUGGGGCGUACCCCUCGCAAGGGAGCACGCCUACAAAACUGCGUUUAACACCCCGCUGGGUCAGUUUUGUUAUCUGCGCAUGGGCAUGGGACUAUCGGGUGCAGCGCAUACAUACGCAAGAAUGAAAGACAUCCUAACGGGGCCGAUACCAUCCCCGCUCGCUGAGGCGGCGAUCUCGGGCUCGGGGGAUGACUCCGCAUUCGAAUACUUCAUGGACGACGACUACGGUGCCCAUACGUCAUUCGAUAGUCAGUACCGUUUUCUCCAUGAGAAAUACUUCCCCCGCAUCGCCUGGUCGGGGUUGAAGCUCAACCCUGCGAAGAGCCACUUCUGGUCGAGGAACCUUAAACUAUUGGGGUUUGCGGGCAGCGGAGAAGGCGGACUCCGCCCGUCGAUCGAUAAGGUGGCGGCAAUAAGGGACUAUCCAGUCCCAAGCGAUGUGGCUGCGCUUGAGCGCUUCUUGCACAUCAGCACGUACCUGAGGCAGUGGGUACCGGGAAGAUCUGAUCACGCAAAGAUUCUAAAGACGGCAAUACUGUGCAAUAUCAAUAGCAUAGGCGCGCGCAGAGAUUUAGUGCUGCAUUGGAAGCCGGAGCACGAGGCGUCAUUCAAACACAUCAAGGAGUGCAUCGUCAACAACGUCGUUUGGGGAGGCGACCCCACCAUGCAGUACCACCUUUCCACAGACGCAUCAAACCUAGGCAUAGGCGCGGUGCUGUUUCAGCUGGAAGGCGCACCUCCAGGCACCAUCGCGGGUCCUCGGCACAGGGAAAGCGAGCGAAUCGUCCUCUUCAUUUCCAAAGCAUUCGCGCCUGCGGAAACGCGCUACCACACCACGGAGCGUGAAGCGCUUGCGGUAGUGAGGGCGCUAAGCGAGGUACGCUGGUUGGUUUUGGGGUCGCCAUACCCUAUAAAGGUGUACACGGACCACCAAGCGCUUCUGUCGGUUCUGAAAGGUGACGAGGCAAAAGGACGCAUAGCGCGGUGGCAAAUGCAGCUGGCAGAAUAUGAUAUGGAGAUCUAUCACGUGCCGGGAUCGCAAAAUGUGAUAGCGGACGGGAUGUCGAGGCUUAGCACGAGGCGGGGAGACGGAGAGGUAGGGGUAGAGGUGGCGGUGGUGGAUAUAGAAGGGUGGAAGGACUGGUUGGAAGAUGAUUGGUAUGGCGUGAUGGUAGAGUACAAGCUGACGGGGAUGUUGCCGGCGGGUAAGAUCGCGGGUAAGGCGGGGAAGGAAGGAAACGAGCUGUCAGAAACGGAUAAAGCGAGGUGGUUGCGAAGGCUGAAACACCAAUCGGCGCGUUUUGUGAUAGUCGAUCCCGAAUCGCCGGGCCGACCGCACGGACUCCUAUACCGAGAGAAGAACGGAGAAUUGGCAAUCUGCAUCAGAAAAAGGAACAUCAAGGAAAUCCUAUGCUGGGCGCAUGACGUACAUGGACACUUUGCGGAAUCAAUCACGCUGAAGAAGCUAAUCGGCAAAUAUUACUGGCCGACACGCCACCGCGAUACCUCAUACUACUGCCGAUCUUGCGAUUCAUGUCAGCGGGUAGGCCCGUUGAAACCUUCGCAAGCGCUGCUACCCAUAUUCCAGUUGCAGCCAAUGGACUUGUGGGGCAUGGACUUCAUCGGGCCGAUCGCUCCGAUAUCAAGAUCGGGUAACAGAUACAUCUUGAUCGUCGUCGAUUACUUUACCCGCUACCUCUUCACAAGCGCGGUAGCGAGAGCGGAUAGCGCGGCAGUCGUAGCGCUAAUCUCGGAAAUCGGAAAGUACAUCGGAUGGCCGCGCGCCAUAUACAACGACAAUGGCUCGCACUUCAUAAACGCGAGCGUCAAACAACUACUAGAUGGACGAGGGGUCAAACAAUUCCCGGCGCCUAAGUCGCACCCCCAAUCAGUGGGCCUGGCUGAGCGCUAUGUACAGCUGGUAGUAGUGGGGCUACGCACUCUAAUGGCGACCUCAAUCGCCAAUCGAUACGUCUGGGACGAGAUGUUACCCGGGGUAACCCAUGCCAUAAACACGCGCGUGAUACGCGCACAUGGAUAUACCCCUAGCCAACUUCUCUUUGGGUUUAACCUCCGGAGGAGCCGCCUAGACGCCACGCCGAGGGAUCAACUAGCCUCUGCGGUAAUAUCGGAAGCGAUAGUCGAGAUAGUCGAGCGGUACACUGACAGCGUGGGUGAAGAUGCUGCACCUGCUAGUGCUAGCGUUGAAGAACCAACGGAGCUAUGGGCAUACCACCAAAGACUAUCAAAGUUGGAGGAGAUACGGGAGGCCGUAAGAACCAAAACCCUGGAGAAGUGCUCGCAAAAGCAAAGAAAAGCGAGAUGGAAGGCGCCUCAGGUGGGAGACCUCGUUUUGCUCCGCAGGUUCGAGAUCGACAGGCAGCACGGCCGCAAGUUUGAAGCCAAAUGGGAAGGCCCGUACAAGCUCGACAAAAUAUCGUGGCAUGGAAGGACCGGAAGGGUAUUCGACCUAAUCACCGGCGAGGAAGCAAGGGUCAAGAAGACGGGGCUUCACGAGAGGGUGCACCUCGACGACUUGAAGAUAUUCGUCCCUCGAGAAGAUCAAUGGCUGGGAUUCGAGGAGGAUAGGCAAGAGCGGGGGAACUUGAGGUUCGUGGGACUGUGUGAGGCAUUGGGGAAGGACGAAGAGGAAGGAGUUAGAGAAUGGGGCAGUAGGACGGUGAUAUUCCCUGGCGGGGAGGAUAGGGUGGCAGAGGAGGAGUAG